AUGGCGGAUAUCCCGCAGCCUUUCAUUUGUGGCUUCGUGCCCCCAUACAUUCUCCAGGCUAUAGCCAGCUCUGAUUCCUACCCGGAAGAGUCUCGUCUCGCCUGUCUACAUACACUGAAGCAUGCAAAGUCUUAUGCGGAUGAACGCGAUGACUCGUGUGCUUACGACCACGAGGUCCUCGCUCAAGCACAGCAAGCAGCGCAGCAGGAAGCACAGCAAGCAGCGCAGCAGACCCUGGCGGCGGCAGGCGGUGAGCCCGCCGCAGGCGGCGAAUCCGCGGCCCGGAUGCAAAUAAGGAUCUACGACUGUAAAGAGACCGCAAAUCGUCCUGGAACGCUUGCGAGAUCGGAGGGACAGGCGCGUGUUAAGGACCGCCAAGUCAACAACUGCUACGAUGGAUUCAGAAUCACUCACGAUUUCUUUUCCGAAGUCUUCAAACGCAACUCUCUUGAUCAUAAGGGGCUGCCCCUUAUUGCCAGCGUUCACUACAAGCCGGCUACCGCACCGAACGGGUACAACAAUGCCUUUUGGGACGGCAUGAUGAAUCAGAUGGUUUUCGGCGACGGCGACCACAUCUUCUUUGACUACUUCACCGACUCGCUGGACGUAAUCGCCCACGAACUAAGCCAUGGCUUUGUUCAGUACUCCUCACCGCUUAUCUACUAUGGGGAGUCCGGAGCCUUAAACGAGUCUUGCGCCGACAUCUUCGGAUGUAUGGUCGAGCAGUGGCAUAUGCGUCAGACCGCGGCUGAGGCGGACUGGAACCUUGGGCAGACGAUGUUCCCGGUGGCUUUCACGGGCUCUGCCUUGCGGACUUUAAAGGCGGGCAGAGCAUUUGUCAACGACCCCGUCUUCAGAACCGACCCACAGCCGAAGCAUAUGGACAAAAAAUACAAGGGAAAAGGGGAUCGUGGAGGCGUCCACAUCAACUCAGGAAUCCCAAACCAUGCAUUCUAUAAAGCAGCAACACGUCUUGAGGGCUCUUCGUGGGAUAAGGUCGGUAGGGUGUGGUAUAAGACGAUGACCUCGGGUGAGAUUCUGCCCGACUGUAACUUCCACAGAUUCGCCGAGGUCACAGUCAAGAUCGCUAAGACGGAAUUUAACCAAGAUCAAUCUGUGUGGGAAGCAAUACACGCUGCCUGGGGCGAGGUCGGAAUACGUGUUCCGACUGAGUCUACGGGAGCGGGCGAAAGUGCUAAGGGUGAAGAAUUAAAGGUUAACGUUUAA